GCUACCUUUUCCGUAGUUGCUUGAGAGAUGGUGUUAAGAAUAUUGUUGUCAUGGUCAUGUUGGAUACUGAGUGAAGCCAUGUUGAAUAUCAAUGGCUUCGUGCGACAAUUUUGUUUUUCAUGCACGAUUUCAGCAGCUGCCAUGUUCAGGAUAUGGUGCGAAUUGCUGGAGUUUUUGGGUCAUGUGCACAACUACUUGAAUAGCAAAGCUUUCCAGCCAUAUUUCUAAUUUAUGUCGUUCUUUCGACAAGCAGUAAGCUACAGCAGAAGUUUUUGAUUGAUAAACGGCCGCCUGGAUGCCAAGCGUAGGGGGGCCAAAGUUGUUUGCAACGGCUUGGGAAGUGAUGCAUGAGAGGCUGACGCGACUCGUCUCUGUUCUGAGGCUUUGGAGAUGCUCGGAGGUGGUGUUGUUACCCUCAUCUCUGGAGAGGGCAGGGGAUGGCCAUAUAGAGGACAUCUUAAUUUGGGAUUCUGGACUUCAGGUUCAUCACAUGUGUGGGGAGAGUGUUUCUCGGGUUGAAGCAUUCACAUACUGCCCCACUCGAAGAGUAAUGCGAAUUGCUUCAUCAUAUUCUUCUUCGAUGACCAGAUUGUUGACGCCUUUGGGGUGCCAGUAAUGUCGGUCCUGACGAGUAGGUUUGGUCGUUAGUUUUUCUUUUUGACGUAAUGGCGCGAAUUGUUGCCCAUCCGUACUGAAAACAGCGACACAUGGUGAUCCCCCCAUCUUCUAAAUGAGUUAAUUUCCAGCAGCUGGGGAUGCAAUUUGUCUUCAUCAAGUUUCUCUCAAUGUUUUUCAAGGGUCCAUUGCUAUCUCCACAAGCUGGUCUUGACUUCAGAUGAUCUGGACCCAGUGGUAUCACCUAUUUGUACUCCUCUUGCAUCUUUUCCACAACAGUUCCAGGUAAUUGCGAAUUCAGCCAGUCAAGAUCAGGCCUUAGAAUAUUGGAGCUAUCGAGAGUUGGAGAGUUGGUAGUGGGAAAGGAUCUACAAGGACCCAGGCUAUGUCGCUGGCAGCACGCCAAUUUGGUGGAUCUAAGUUGGUAUUGAACCAACCGCAGAGGUGUUCACCAGCGUUGUUAUCAUUGUUGACAGGGAGCUCAAAGUUGCCGUUUGGAGUUGGUGAGGCAACACGAGCGGGGCAUAUAGAGCGUAAGGGGAACGUUACCCGUACCUUUGCAACAAUGGAGAAGCAGCGUGAGCCUCAGGUACAGGACACGCACCCAGGAAAAGAGUUUGAGAUGGAUCCCCUUCCUAACCACAUGCGGCCGGUAUACAAGCCUGCUGGAAAGCUUGAGGGUAAAGUCGCCUUGGUUACUGGAGGAGACUCUGGUAUUGGGCGGUCUGUGGGGCAUCACUUUGCUAUGGAAGGAGCUACUGUGGCAUUUACGUAUCUGCCAGGACCUGAGGAUAAGGACGCUGAUGAGACCAUUGACAUUCUUAAGAAGUCCCAGGGUCCGAAUGGCAAAGACCCUCUUAAGAUUCCAGUAGAUCUGAGAUAUGACGAGAACUGCAAGAAGGUAAUCGAUGAAGUGGUGAAGAAAUAUGGACGUAUCGAUAUCCUGGUAAAUAAUGCUGGAGAGCAGCACACUGUUCAGAAUAUUGAAGAUUUGGAACCGGAGCAGAUUGAGCGGACAUUCAGAUCAAAUAUUUUUUCUAUGUUCUACUUGGUCCGACACGUACUCCCGCACAUGAAAGAAGGGAGUGCUAUUAUUAAUUCCACUUCGGUGAAUGCUUUCAAGGGUAAUGCAACCCUCUUGGAUUACACUGCUACCAAAGGAGCUAUUACAGCUUUCACUAGGGGGUUAGCCCUGCAACUUGUGAAGCGCGGAAUUCGUGUUAAUUCUGUGGCGCCAGGACCGGUUUGGACUCCUCUUAUCCCAUCAUCAUUUCCAGCUGAAAAAACAGAGAAAUUUGGAAGCCAGGUCCCCAUGGGCCGUGCGGGAGAGCCAGCUGAAAUUGCCACUUCUUAUGUGUUCCUUGCAUCUGAAGACUCAUCUUAUUUCACUGGCCAGACGUUACAUCCAAAUGGUGGUUACAUUGUGAAUGCGUAAGGAAAAAGGCUGGCAUUUUGUGACUCGAACUGCCCGAGUGUACCAUUUUCUUUCUGCUUUGGCCAAUGUUGGUUCCGCGUUUUGUCAGACACCCAGUAAAUAUAUUGUAUAAUGUGGUUCCCCACUGUAGCAAUUGAAUGUAGUUCUAUGUGUCUAGAGAUGUAAGUGCAAGCAUAUCAGCAAAAUGUUCCUACCAGUUUUCUCUGGAAUCUUAACUCGAGAGGAAAUUAGCAGUUUUAGGAUUAGAGUUGUGCUUUUUACUGUAACUUCGGAAGUGAAUGUUAUAACAAUUGAGCAAAAUGCUGAAUAUGUACUUGGGCAAUA